AGAAAAAGGAAGGAGACAAAAAGGACAAUGAAAUGCUGGCAAAACCAACCCAAAAAAAAUCAAGUCUGAUGUAUACCCUUUUUUCCAUCAUGAAAAUCAUGGCAAGGAUUGUAAAUAACUGAAGAAGGAGAGGGCAGAAAGAGAAACCAAUGUUGCCAACUGUGCAAAGGGACACGAACUCAUGAAGUCUGCAUUUUGCCGAUAAAUACUGAAAAAAACCGACUUGUGACUGUCACAAACGUUUCUCUUUGCGAGUUUCAGGGAUCAAUACUUGCUCUUCGGAAAGAGAGAAAGAAGAAGAGUAACGAAAAGAAGGACCUUUUUUUUUUUUUUUUCUUUCAAAUCACAAAAGGCUUAUUUUUUAGUUCUUGUUGUAGGCUUGUAGCGCAUCUUUGUUUGCUAGUUGAAGAGAGAAAUGGCAAAGAAUGUGGGAAUUCUUGCUAUGGAAAUCUACUUCCCUCCUACAUGUGUUCAACAGGAAGCAUUGGAGGCUCAUGAUGGGGCAAGCAAAGGGAAAUACACCAUUGGACUUGGACAAGAUUGCAUGGCCUUCUGUACUGAGGUGGAAGAUGUUAUCUCAAUGAGUUUGACAGCUGUUACUUCACUCCUUGAAAAGUAUAAGAUUGACCCUAAACAAAUUGGCCGUCUUGAAGUUGGCAGUGAGACUGUGAUAGACAAGAGCAAGUCCAUUAAGACCUUCCUGAUGCAAAUCUUUGAGAAAUGUGGAAACACUGACAUUGAAGGGGUCGACUCAACUAAUGCAUGCUACGGAGGGACUGCUGCUCUAUUCAACUGUGUCAAUUGGGUGGAAAGUAGUUCAUGGGAUGGACGAUAUGGUAUUGUUGUUUGUACUGACAGUGCGGUCUAUGCGAAAGGACCAGCUCGACCUACUGGAGGAGCAGCUGCAAUUGCUAUGCUAAUAGGGCCUGAUGCUCCCAUUGCUUUUGAAAGCAAAUUUAGAGGGAGUCAUAUGUCCCAUGCCUACGACUUUUACAAGCCCAACCUUGCUAGUGAAUAUCCGGUUGUUGAUGGGAAACUUUCUCAAACUUGCUAUCUCAUGGCUCUUGAUAAUUGCUAUAAAUAUUUCUGUCACAAGUAUGAGAAACUAGAGGGCAAACAAUUUUCCCUUUCUGAUGCUGACUACUUUGUAUUCCAUUCUCCAUAUAACAAGCUUGUGCAGAAAAGCUUUUCUCGUUUGUUGUUCAAUGACUUCUUGAGGAAUGCCAGUUCUGUUGAUGACAUUGCUAAAGAAAAGCUGAGUCCAUUUUCAACUUUGACUGGUGAUGAAAGCUACCAAAGCAGGGAUCUCGAGAAGGCAUCCCAACAAGUUUCAAAGCCCCUUUAUGAUGCCAAGGUGCUACCAACCACCUUGAUACCCAAGCAAAUUGGCAACAUGUACACGGCAUCUCUUUAUGCUGCAUUUGCAUCCCUUAUUCACAACAAACAUAGUGAAUUGGCAGGAAAGCGGGUGAUAUUAUUCUCGUAUGGAAGUGGUUUGACUGCCACAAUGUUUUCAUUGCGACUUCAAGAAGGUCAAUAUCCCUUUAGCCUAUCUAACAUUGCAACAGUGAUGAAUCUUACUGGGAAAUUGAAGUCAAGGCUUGAGUUUCCCCCUGAUGAGUUUGUUGAGACUUUGAAGCUCAUGGAACAUAGGUAUGGAGCCAAGGACUUUGUAACAAGCAAGGACUGUAGCCUUUUGUCUCCUGGAACAUACUACCUCACUGAAGUUGAUUCCAUGUACCGGAGAUUCUAUGCAAAGAAGGAUGGGGACCGUACUGCCUGUGAGAAUGGUCCUGUUGCCAAUGGUUGCUGAAGAACAGAUUUAUCAUCCCCAAUGCCAGAAACGAGGCUUGUUUUAGAUGUGUUGUUCAGUAACAUGAACUGGGUUCCAUGUGUAUUUUAAAGAAAAAUAGUUCUUUCAUCAGCAAACGCAUUUUUCAGCCUAUUUUCUUUUUUCACCCCUUUGUAAUAAGUUAUCAUAUCUAUGCACUCAAAGGACCUUCAGAUUUAAGUAUUAUAAGCUUUGUUGCAGUAAAAAAUCACUUCAAUAAUCACUCCCUUGAAACGUUUAGGCCUGGAAUGAUUGAAGCAUUUAUCAGUGAGACUGUUUCAGUCAUCGGUCGUCUUGAAAAGCUUGAACUUAAACCGUCAGGGGGACAACUUGAUUCUUGUGGCAGUGGGGAUGAAGGUUGACAUUUUCCAUAUUGAGAUAGAUCGUCUUAUAAAGUCUUGCUAUAACAUCUAGCCAAAACUGCAUGUUUAAGAAAUUGUAUUUGUAUUGCCAGAACCGAAUGUUUGAGAAAAUUUUUCAUAUUAACCCGACACGGGCAGUAAAGCCCAGACUUGUGUAUGAUGCAAAUGAUACAGGUUACAUUAACUUCAUCUGCAAGCAAGUUUACAAUACCACUACUGCAUGGCUUAUCACAGAUGACAACAGCAGUCUAUACGCCAGCACCCGGCCUGGGAUCUCAACUAUCCUUCAUUCUCUUUAGCUGUAGAAGAUGGCCAACCAAUUUAUGGUGUCUUUACCAGGACAUUGACAAAUGUUGUCUCACCA